UCAGCUGAAUUAUUAAAUAAUCCAAUUGAGGAAAUAUAAAUUUUGGAACAAAAGAAAAUUUAAAAAAAUAAACAACAAACAAGUUAAUUAUAUUUAUUACCUCCAUGACUUGAACGAGCUUGCACAUCCAGUGAAAUAAAUAAAAUAAAAAUAUUUCACAAUAAAACACGAGCAAUGCGGAAGGAAAAAAAAACAUUAAAAUUGAAACACAAGGAAGUACAUCGACAUCCUAUUCAAUUUAUUUAUCCCAAAAUAAAAAAGAAAAUAACUUUUGUAUUAAUAUAUUUGUUUUAAUAACAAGAUGUAUAUAAAUUGUUGCAACAAGUUUCAUAUAAGUAGAAGCAUUUUUACCAGACAAUUCAGUAUCAUUCAAACUUGCCAAUAAUCUUGAUCAAGUAUUUAAAAUUAAAUUUAUUUAUAAUAAAUUAAUAAGUUAAUAAUCAUGAAGAUUAUAUUUCAAGUAACAGCAAUUAUUUUAUUGUUGUCAAUAAUUGCAUGUAAUGCAUCAAGUCGAUGUCGUUGUGGUGAUUUGGGUGAAGGAACAAAUCCAUGUGAAGGUAAAAAAGACGUAAAAACAAGAAAAUGUACUGUACCAGGACAUAGACGUGAAAAACCACGUCAUUAUGCAUCACCAGCAGCAAUAAAAGCUGCUCAUGCUGCAAAAGAAGCUGAAAAAGCAAUUAUCAGAUCAUCACCAUCAAUAACAACUGUUGUUAAAAGUGGUAGACAAUAUAGACUUGGUGGAUAUGGUGGUUGCAAAUCAGCUAAUUCACCAACUAGUUCAGCAUCACAUAUUCAAAAUAUUGAUUCAAUUGAAAAUGAAGAAUAUCAUAGAGAAACUGUUAAUAAAUUAAAAAAAUUACCAGCAUGUGAACGUGUUUUUCCAAAAUUCAAGCCAAUUGAACUCAAGUCAUCAGCAUCAUCAUCAUCAUCUUCGUCAGCAUCAUUAGUCCCAUCAGAAUCAAAGAUACGAGUUUUUCCAGCUAAACCAAGUUUACCAAAAUGUACAAAAUGUGGUGAUAAAGUAGGACCAUUGGCCUCUUGUGGUCACCAAUCACAUCAAAACAGUCAAUCUUUUGGUAGUGCUAAUACAUUUCUCACUUUUAACGACCAAGGAGUUCCAAAAUUGACAGAAAUCCAAUUUCCAACAUCACUAGCAAGCAACUCUAAUUCAGCUCCAACUUCAAACUGUAACUUGAAUGAUUUUGAUGAAGCUAUUGGUGCACCAGGUAUGUCAUUUGCUGAUCAAGAAAAAUGGUAUCGUGGUGAAACAAAACCAGUAAAUGAACCUGCUGAUCCUAUAUCACAGCAUAUAUUCUUUCAACAUGUUCUUGAACAAACAAAAAGAGGAAAAAAAACAAAAGCUGCAAUGUCUGAAGCAAAAUUAAAUUUUGGACCAAUACAACGUCCUCAAAAUGUUGAACAAAAUAAAACAAAAAUUGAAGCACAAGAAGCUAAAUUAUAUAGUUUAGAUGGACCAAUUUAUGAAUUGAUAACACAACCACCACAGCCAUCUUGUGCUGAAACUAUUGAAGAAUAUCAAGAAGAUCGUCAAAUGUCGGAGAGAAUUCAGCAUGAUUUAUUACAUCAAGGAAAAAAAAUAGCUGAAUCAAGUCCAUCACAUCAAUAUUCAUACAGUAAUUUGGGAUAUAAACCAGUUAAGAAAAAUAGCAACACAUUUGUUAUACGUGAUUCUUGUGCACCACCACCAUCACUUACAAUAGAACCUGCUAAAACUAAUUGUGGUUGUUCUGGUACUGGUGCCUCAUCAUGUACUGGUUCAUGUGGAUGUUCUGGUGGUUCAUCAUGUAAUGGCUCAUGUGGAUGUAAAGGUUGUGGAACAAGUGGUACUGGAGCUUGUGGUUGUACAGGUGGUACUAAUUGUAAUGGUAGCUGUGGUUGUUCAGGCGGUAAUAAUUCAAAUGAACAAUCAAUACAUCCACUAAUUAAAGAUAUUGAUAGUUCUUAUGAAUCUGGAAGAGUAGAAAUUGAUUCAAGCUCAGUUGAAAGUGCUCCAUCUUAUUCUGAUGAAAGUAAAGUAUAUUGUAACAAAUGUAAAAAUUUAUAUUAUUAAUUAUUAUUAUUGAGGAGAGAUCCAACGAGGCUUUUCAGUAUCUCGAUGACCUUCAUGUUAA